UUGUAUCCCUGUCUGUUUAUUACAUCUGCCAUCUAAAUCAGCUGUGCUUCAAGAUUUGCUCGCUAUCAGUUGCAAAAAAUAUAUAGUGUAUACACAAUCCUCGAAGAAUUAUCACACGUGCCACGACAAGACCCAAUCUUAACCUAAUCUAGAGUUGGACGCAUUUUAGGUUCUAGCGCGAAUCUUCCAUUGGAAGCUUAUUUUUGGGAAGCCUCAUCAAGUCUUCAACAUUUGACAGCAAGAUUAUUUCAACAUAAGGAGAACUCUCAUCUUCAGAAUUUUUUUGAUCGACAAAACUAGACCAUUAUUGGUCAGCGCAGUGCAAUUAAACCACAAGAAGAGUAGUCUUUAGCUAUUUAGUAUGUAAACAUGACAGAAGUGGACCAAGGAGAUAUAUUUGUUCGCAUAGAACGCGCUUUUCCACUGCUUAAUGGGAAGCUGUUACAUGCUGAAGAAGAAUGCACGGAGGAGGAGUUUGCGAAUCUUGUGAAAAGUGUGAGAGUCUUGAAGCUGUCACAGUUUGUCGAAGACAUUGUUCUUGAUCAUGUGGAGCAAUACAUCUGUUGGCACGUGGCACCAGCGUUCUGGGAAAAAUUCCAGAAUACAGAGAACAGCCAACGGGGCUUUGAAUUGUUCAAGUCUGCUGUGGAUGAUCUGUAUAUUAAUUACACAAAGUUUCUACCUGUUCUAAAAAAGUUGGAAUAUUUAAGACAGAACAAUGAUGCGGAUCCAUCAGGCACCAAAAGUGAUAUGGAGACACGAUUGAAGCUCAUCAUCAGAGCUACACUGUUCAGUCAAUUACCCCUGUAUCACGAACGUAUCAUAGAGCAGUUUUAUAAAAUCGCCUUCAAUGUAUUCUGCAAUUUGGACAACUCGUCGCAAGAUAUAUCAGAUAUUAAUGAUGUUCGGUGCAGCGGAUGUGCCCAGGGAGUUAACAACUGCCAGUGCCAAAUGAUUGUUUAUAUGUUCCACGAGACAAACAGAAAGCUGAUCGAGCUGAAAUUAUUGGAGAGACUCGUAGGAAAUGUACUCACAUCAUUGAUUCAUAUCCGUAUAGAGAAUCAUGUGAUUCAAACAUCCGACAAAACAUUUGAUGUAUCGCAAUUAAGUUCAUUACAAAAUUGGCUCGAAACUGUUGUCAUGAACUGGCUUACAAGAAUCUAUUCCGGUGGCUUUUCGAAAGCGGUUACACUUAGUAACGAAAUUCAAAGUGCUAUAUAUCAAUUUAAACAAAAAUUAUUUCAUUUUCUAUAUGAAACAUAUACCAAGAUAAGGAUCGAUCAUCUAUUCAAUAUAAUAAUAGAAUAUCCAGAGUCGCAACCCGCAGUAGACGAUCUCCGAAUUUGCCUGGAAAGAACCGAUCAACGGAAGGUCCUGGUUAAGAAUCUGCAGGAAGCGAUCAAAACGCGACUCCUGCAUCCCGGCGUGAACACCCCGGAUAUAGUGACGGCUUACAUCGCCGCGAUCAAAGCACUCAAGCAUCUGGAUUCAACGGGAGUUCUCUUGGAAGCUGUAACGGAACCUAUCAAGAGUUACUUGAGAAGCAGAGAAGACACUGUACGUUCUGUCGUGAACAGUCUGCUGGACGAUUCGCCGAGUGAAUUGGCCGACGAAUUGGUGAAGGGCGAGUGUCUGCAGCUGGACGACGGCUCCGCAGAUGAGGAGACUGAAGACUGGGAUAAGUGGAUGCCAGAUCCAGUCGACGCCGAUCCCGCUAAAUCAACGCAGCGCAAGGUGUCGGACAUAAUCUCCACCCUGGUGAACGUCUACGGCAGUCAGGAUCUAUUCGUGAACGAGUACCGCACCUUGCUGGCCGACAGAUUGUUAUCGCAACUGAACUAUCACACUGAACGGGAGAUACGUCACUUGGAAUUGCUAAAGAGACGCUUCGGGGAGAAUCAGUUGCACUACUGCGAGGUCAUGCUGAAGGACGUUUACGACUCGAAGAGGAUAGACGGCAACAUCCACUCCGACACCAGUUAUAAUUUGCAGAGGGAGCUCUUCCCUACUUCCGCUCUUAUCCUGUCGGCGCAAUUUUGGCCGCCGUUCAAGGAGGACUGGCAAUUGAAGCUACCGAGCGUCGUGCAGAAUCAGUUGAACAAGUAUGUGAAGGCGUUCGAGGCCUUGAAGGGAAACAGGACGCUCUGCUGGAAACCUCACUUGGGAAAUGUGAGCCUGGAAAUCGAAUUGAAGGAUAGAAAGCUGGACAUAAACGUUACGCCGAUACACGCGACAAUUAUCCUGCACUUUCAGGAUAAAAAUGAAUGGGCUUUGCAAGACUUGGCGGAAGUGAUGCACGCUCCGGCGACCGUUUUACGACGUAAGAUGACGUUUUGGGUGUCGCAGGGUCUUCUGAGGGAAACUACCAAUGAUGUUUAUAUCUUGCAAGAGGAGAGUACGUCCAAGAAUCGUUUGUCAACGGACCUCGUCGAGGAGGAGGAGACCGAAAGCGUCAUGGCCUCGGCCAGCGACCAGAGGGAGGAGGAACUGCAAGUUUUUUGGUCGUACAUCGUCGGAAUGUUGACGAAUCUAGAUUCGAUGCCGAUCGAAAGGAUUCAUCAGAUGCUGAAGAUGUUUGCGUCUCAAGGACCGGGCGCCGUCGAAUGCGGUUUACCGGAACUGAGGCAAUUUCUGGACAGGAAAGUCAGGGAACAUCAAUUAUUGCUAUCCGGUAGUUUCUAUCGAUUGCCGAAGUCAUAAGUUUUUUUAUUGUUUUACAUUAUUCUUAACGUUUCGUUAAAUGAACUUGUACAGUUUGUGUAACGAUAAAAAAAUAUAAUUUGUGAUAUUAUAUUUAAGAGCGAUUUCUUAUCAUAUAAAAGGAUUUUUCUUUUGACAGAAAAAUAAAGCUUAUGUAUAAAUGAUGUAUUCCAAUAUAUUUCGCAUAAAAUGUCAAUUUAAUAAGUAA